UAACACUGGGUGGGAUAUUCUGUCAGUUUGCCCUCACCCUACCCAGCCCUGUGCUUAGCUUGGCUCUUUGCUUCCCCUGCGUCGCUUUGCUCUGCCCCACCAUCCCUAGACCCCCCUCUGCAAUGCUGCCACACCGGCAGCUCCAAAUUCCCCAACCCCUGUAAAACUUAUAGUUUAUCUUCAAUUUUCCAUUUUCUUAAUUUUUCUUUUAAUCUUGGAGAAGUUCAACCUGUGGAUUACAUGGUUCAGGAAACAAGACUGUGGAAAUGGAAUAAUUGAAUAACUGGGACUUUUUUUUUUGACAAGUGAAUGCUGAUUGGAUUCAUACUGAAGCUGUGAUUUUCCAUUCACUUCUGCAUGAGGAGGCUUUGCCCCCAAUUUAAAGGAUAAUACCUGAAAUUGUCUCCAUAUCACCAUGGCUGAAGGAGCCUCUUCCGCAGCCACUGGGUCCAGUGGAGCAGCACCACAGACGGGGGCUCUCAGGUCCAAAGGUCUAGGGCUCCUCGGGAAGCUGAAAAUGUCUGCGGAGCUGCUGAUUGCCCUGGCUGCUCUCCUGUCCUGGGUGGUGGUGGGAGUGGUGAUGUUUGAUUUUGUGGAGUACAAAGCAGUCCCUGACAUUGAGCAAAUCAUCACUGACCCUGUUCAAGCUGUAAAUGACGCUGUUGAUGAAGUAUCCAGUCUGCUCAAUAAAUUUCAAGAAUGUGCACCUGAUUUAAGUGACCCCACGUCUGCUGUUACUUACGCUGCUGAGGAAAUAUCGGAAGCAAAAGAUGGAUUUGUUCGCUAUUUUUCAGAUGAGGAAGGGAACUUCUACCUCAGCUAUGUUGACCCUGUGGUCAUCGGUAGACAAGCUUUCCACUCAACCAAUGAUUUCAUGAGUGGCGUUGUGGGCUCCUUCAGGGAUACGCUGUGUGCUAUUGUGGAUACUGUUUUGGACACUAUAUUGGAUAUAAAUACAGGAAAAACUGACCUUAGCUACAUUGACCCUGUGGUCAUAGGCAGAGGUGUCUUCAGUGUUAUUAAUGAGCUUAUGUGUGGAGUGGUGGGCUACAUCCGGGAUGUGCUCUGUGCCAUCCUGGACACUAUUCUGGAUGUAGUGAAAGGAACCACAGAUAUUAGCUUCAUGGACCCUGUGGUAAUUGGCAGAGAUGCCUUCAGUGUUACUGAUGACACUGUGAGUGGAGUAAUGGGAUACAGCCAGGACGUGCUCUGUGCCAUCUUGGACAAAAUACUGGAUAUAACAAAAGGAAACACUGACGUUAGCUUCAUUGACCCUGUAGUUGUUGGCAGAAAUGUCUUCAGUGUUACUAAUGACUUUGUGAGUGGAAUAGCAGCAUACGUCCAGGGUGUGCUCUGUGCAAUCAUGGAUGUAAUACUGGACACAGCACAAGGCAUCCAGGAUGCUGUGGGAUUCAGCCCAAUGUCAGCUCUGAAGGGAACAGCAGAAAUCAUCACAGAACAGAUAAACAUGCUCGUGAGCUACGUCUCCACAAUGCUGGUCGGCGAACAAGGGAUCAUGCCUGAAGUUUCCCUUGACCCCAUGAAAGUUGUGGAAGAUGCCGUGUUGGAGUUCACAGACAAGAAAGAUUUGUUAUUGGCUUACAUGUCAAGCAUGGUUGUUGGUGAACAAGGUGAACCUGUUGCCACACCGGUUGUAAAUAUAGUAACUGAAAAAGAUGAAACUGUAGCUCCUCCAUCUGAUAUACAUUUAGUAAAAAGGAAAGGUGAAUUUCUGCCACCUUUUGAAAAAGUUCUCAAAGAGGCAAAGGAAAGACAUGCAAUAAAAGAAGUUAAAGAUGCCAUUAUUAAAGACCUCAAAGCUGCAGAAACUGAAAAGGAGGAGAAAAAAGCAAAGGAAACCAAAUAUCAGGAAGCCAUAGAGAUAAAACUAAAAGAAGAAAAGCCAAAGGAGGAGGCCAAACCGCUUGAGAAGAAACCAGAGAAGCCCAAAGAAGAAGAGCCUAAAAAGAAGGAAGAACCAAAGCCUACUGAAGACAAAAAAGAAGCAAAGAAACUGCACAAAGAGGAGGCAGGAGUAAAGAAGGAGAAGGAACAAAUAGCAAAACCUAAAGAAAAGAAACAAGUGUCAAAACCCUCUAAAGAAAAAGGAUUAGAAAAGGAACGACCCAAAGAAGAGAAAGAAGUCAAGAAACUAUCCAAAAAAGAGAAAGAAGUCAGGAAACCACCCAAAGAAAAAGAUGUCAAGAAACCACCCAAAGAAGAGAAAGAAGUCAAGAAACCAUCCAAAAAAGAGGGAGAAGUCAAAAAACCAUCAAAGGAAAAGGCAGAAGUCAAGAAACCAUCAAAAGAAGAGAAAGAAGUGAAGAAACCUUCCAAAGAAGAGAGAGAGGUCAAGAAACUUCCCAAAGAAGAGGCAGAAGUAAAGAAACCAUCCAAAGAAGAAAAAGAAGUCAAGAAACCAUCCAAAAAAGAGGUAGAAGUCAAGAAACCAUCCAAAGAAGAGAAAGAAGUCACAAAACCUCUCAGAGAAGAGAAAGAAGUCGAGAAACCAUCCAAACAAGAGGAUAAAGUCAAGAAACCACCCAAAGAAGAGAAAGAAGUCAAGAAACUUCACAAAGAAGAGGCAGACGUAAGGAAACCAUCCAAACAAGAAAAAGAAGUCAAGAAAUCAUCCAAAGAAGAGGCAGAAGUCAAGAAAUCAUCAAAGGAAAAGGUAGAAGUAAAGACACCUCUCAAAGAAGAGGCCGAAUUAAAGAAACCAUCUAAAGAAGAGAAAGAAGUCAAGAAACUUCCCAAAGAAGAGAAAGAAAUCAAGAAACCUUUCAAAGAAGAGGCAGAAGUAAAGAAACCAUCCAAAGAAGAUAAAGAAGCCAAGGAACUUCCCAAAGAAGAGAAAGAAAUCAGAAAACCAUCCAAAGAAGAGGCAGGAGUCAAGAAACCAUCCAAAGAAGAGAAAGAAGUCAAGAAACUUCCCAAAGAGGAGGCAGAAGUAAAGAAACCUCUCAAAGAAGAGGCAGAAGUAAAGAAACCUCCCAAAGAAGAGAAAGAAAUUAAGAAACCACCCAAAGAAGAGGCAGGAGUCAAGAAACCAUCAAAGGAAAAGGCAGAAGUCAAGAAACCUCUCAAAGAAGAGGCAGAAGUCAAGAAACCAACUAAAGAAGAGAAAGAAGUCAAGAAACCAUCCAAAGAAGAGGUAGAAGCCAAGAAACCCCUCAAAGAAGAGAAAGAAAUCAAGAAACCAUCCAAAGAAGAGAAAGAAGUCAAGAAACCAUCCAAAGAAGAGGCAGAAGUCAAGAAGCCAUCAAAGGAAAAGGCAGAAGUCAAGAAACAUCUCAAAGAAGAGAAAGAAGUCAAGAAACCAUCCAAAGAAGAGGCAGAAGUCAAGAAACCAUCAAAAGCAGGGAAAGAAGUCAAGAAACUAUCUAAAGCAGAGAAAGAAGUCAAGAAACCAUCUAAAGAAGAGAAAGAAGUCAAGAAACUUCCCAAAAAAGUGGCAGAAGUAAAGGAACCUCCCAAAGAAGGGCAAAAAGUGAAGAAACCAUCCAAAGAAGAGGCAGAAGCCAAGAAAUUUCUCAAAGAAGAGAAAGAAGUCAAGAAACCAUCCAAAGAAGAGAGAGACGUCGAGAAACCAUCCAAAGAAGAGGCAGAAGCAGAGAAACCAUCUAAAGAAGAGAAAGAAGUCAAGAAACUUCCCAAAGAAGAGGCAGAAGUAAAGAAACCUCGCAAGGAAGAGAAAGAAGUCAAGCAACCAUCCAAAGACGAGGCAGAAGUCAGAAAACAAUCAAAGGGAAAGGCAGAAGUCAAGAAACCUCCCAAAGAAGAAAAAGAAGUCAAGAAAACAUCCAAAGAAGAGGCAGCCAUCAAAAAACCAUCAAAGGAAAAGGCAGAAGUCAAGAAACCUCCCAAAGAAGAGAAAGAAGUCAAGAAACCAUCCAAAGAAGAGGCAAAAGCCAAGACACCUGCCAAAGAAGAGAAAGAAGUCAAGAAACUUUCCAAAGAAGAGGCAGAAGUAAAGAAACCUCCCAAAGAAGAGAAAGUAUUCAAGAAACUUCCCAAAGAAGAGGCAGAAGUAAAGAAACCUCCCAAAGAAGAGAAAGAAAUCAAGAAACCAUCCAAAGAAGAGGCAGAAGUCAAGAAACCUCCCAAAGAAGAGAAAGAAGUCAAGAAACCAUCCAAAGAAGAGGCAGGAGUCAAGAAACCAUCCAAAGAAGAGGGAGAAGUCAAGAAACCAUCCAAAGAAGAGGUAGAAGUCAAGAAACCACCCAAACAAGAGGAAGAAGUCAAGAAACCAUCCAAAGAAGAGACAGAAGUAAAUAAACCUGCCAAAGAAGAGACAGAAGUCAAGAAACCAUCCAAAGAACAGGUAGAAGUCAAAAAAACAUCAAAGGAAAAGGCAGAAGUCAAAAAACCAUCCAAAGAAAAGGUAGAAGUCAAGAAACCAUCCAAAGAAGAGACAGAAGUAAAUAAACCUGCCAAAGAAGAGACAGAAGUAAAGAAACCUGCCAAAGAAGAGACAGAAGUAAAGAAACCAUCCAAAAAUGGAGAGGUGGAGAAACCAUCCAAAAAAGAGGGAGAAGUCAAGAAACCAUCCAAAGAAAAGAAAGAUGUAAAGAAACCAUCAACAGAUAAGGCAGAAGAAAAGAAACCUCCCAAAGAAGAGAUAGAAGCCAAGAAACAUCAGACAGAAGAGAAAGAAGACAAGAAGCCUCUCAAGGAAGAGAAAGAAGUCAAGAAACCAUCCAAAGAAGAGGCAGAAGUCAAGAAACCAUUAAAGGAAGAGGUAGAAGUCAAGAAACCACCCAAAGAGGAGAAAGAAGUCAAGAAACCAUCAAAAGAAGAGAAAGAAGUCAAGAAACCACCCAAAGAAGCAAAGGAAGCUAAGAAACCUUCCAAAGAAGAGGCAGAAGUAAAGAAACCUCCCAAAGAACAAAAAGAAGUCAAAAAACAAUCAAAAGAAGAAAAAGAAGUCAAGAAACCUCCAUCAGAAGAGAAAGUCAAAAAACCAUCAAAAGAAGAGAAAGAAGUCAAGAAACCUCCAUCAGAAGAGAAAGCCAAGAAGCCUCUCAAAGAAGACGCAGAAAUAAAGAAACCACCCAAAGAGGAGAAAGAUGUAAAGAAACAUCCCAAAGAAGAGAAAGAUGUCACUAAACCUCGCAAAGAAAAGAAAGAAGUCAAGAAACUCCCCAAAGAAGAGAAAGAAGUCACCAAACCUCCCAAAGAAGAGAAGGAAGUAAAGAAACCAUCCAAAGAAGAGAAAGAAGUCACAAAACCUCCCAAAGAAGAGAAAAAAGUCAAGAAACCUUCCAAAGAAGAGGCAGAAGUGGAGAAACUUCCCAAGGAAGAGAAAAAAUCUCUAAAAGAGGAUAAAGAAGAGAAGAAACUUCCUAAAGUGGAGAAAGAAGUAAAGGCACCUUCCAAAGAAGAGGUAAAAGUCGAGAAACCACCUAAAGAAGAGAAAGAGGUCAACAAAACAUCCAAAGAAGACUUAGACUUGAAACCAUCUAUGGAGGAGCAAAAAAUUAUGAAACCAAGUAAAGAAAAAGAGGUUAGGAAGCCCUCUAAAGAGAAGAAAGAAAUGAAGCCUUCCAAGGAAGAUAAAGAAGAAAAGGUGCCCUCAGUGGAGGACAAAGUGGAGAAGCCUUUUAAAGUAAAGAAAGAAGUCAAGAAGACAGUGGAUCCUUCAAAGAAAGAAAUGGAAGACAAGAAGCCUUUGAAGGAUGAGAUAGAAGAAAUAGAAAUGAAGAAGCCUCAUGUUGAGAAAAAAGAAGUUACGAAGACUAUAAAGCAGAAAAAAGACCUGAAGAAGACUUCUGCGGAGGAAAAACCACCCCAAAAAGAGAAAGAAUUAGCAAAAGAAGAAAAAGAACCAAGGAAGCCCUCUAAACAAAAACAAGACCAAGAAAAACCUGCCAUAGAAAAGAAAGAACUCAAGAAGACUCACAAAGAACCUGCCAAGAAGAAAGACACAAAGACAGAUGCUAAAACCCAAAAGACUGUGAGGAGGAUUAAAGUAGUCAAGAAGGAUGUUGUGUCUGUCCUGAAGAAGGAGCAGCUUAAUGUUACAAAAGCAGCUGAUGAACCCAAGAGGGCAGUAAAGGUGCCGAAAGCUGCAAAAAAGCAAAUAGUUCCUGUUCUGAAGAAGGAACAGCUUAAUGUUACAAAAACAGAGGUUCCUGAAGCUCCUAAGGUGAAAGCCAAACCAGAAUCUGCAAAGAAAGUGGCAGCUCCCAAGGAGCCCAAGAAGAAACCAAAGCAAAAAAUAAAACCUAAACCUGUAAAACCAGAAGUUCCAAAGGAAACGGCCAAAGCAGCUCCUGCCAAGAAAGAAGCUGUUGCUCCAAAAGAAAAAGUCAAACCAGUCAUCUUGAAAAAAGAACAAGAAGGCACUCCUAGAAAUGCCUCUCUGGUAAAAGAGAGAGUGAAAAUAGUGCCUAUGAAAAAAGAUGUCAAGGUGCCAAAAGAGAAAGUCAAAACAGUCUCUCCAAAGACAGACGUUCCAAAGGAAAAGGCCAAAGCAGCUCCUGCUAAGAAAGAAGCUGUUGCUCCUAAAGAAAAGGUCAAAUCAGUCAUCUUGAAAAAGGAGGCAGCUGUGGUUUCUAAACAGAAGCCCAAACCUGUUCUAACAAAGAGAGAACCUGCUCCACUCAAGACAAAACCAGCCCCAGUAGUCAAAGAGGCAGAAAUACCACCCAAAAAUGUCUCGCUGACAAAGGAGAAGGUGAAGGUUGCGCCCCUGAAGAAAGUGCCUGCAACUCCAAAAGAGAAAGUCAAACCAACACCAACAAAAAAAGAAGCUGAGGUUCUCAAGAAGAAGAAGGUCGAGCCAGUGACUCCCACAAAAGCACCUGUUAUCAAAGCAAAACCUAGAACUGCUGAAAAGAAGAAAGAAACUGUUGUGAAAGAAAAGGCAAAGGCAAAAACCUCACAGAAAGAACCUGAGGCCAAGCCAGUUCUUGUCAAAACAGCAGCUGAGGUUUUAAAGGAUAAGCUCAAACCAGCUCAUGAAAAGAAAGCUCCUUCUAAAACAGAGGCUGAAACAAAGAAGGAAAAGGUCAAACCAUUCCUAAAAAAGAAAGAGCCCAAAGUAGCAGAGGACAAAGUUAAACCAUCUGUUACAAAAGCAUUAUUGAGGAAACAGACCAAACCAGUCCAUAUAAAGAAAGAACUGGAGACUCCUAAAGAAAAGGACAAACUUGCAACAGUGAAGAAAGCCAUAUUUAGGGAAAAGACCAAACCAGUCCGUGUGAAGAAAGAACCUGAGGUUUUAAAACAAAAGGUCAAACCCACAGCUGCAAAGAAAGAAAAAACAGUUGAGAAGAAGGCAGCCAAAGAAGAGAAAGCUAAAGAGGACAGAGUUCUGAAAGAGAUACAGGAGCCUGCAAAGAAAGAAAAAUCUGUUGAGAAGAAAGUUGCCAAGGAGGAGAAAGUGAAAGCAGAGCCUUCUGUAUCAGACAGCUUUCUUAUGGAAGAUGAGCUGCCCUACUUCCAGUGUUUCUUUGUGGACGAGGACGAGGCCCAGUUUCCGUUCUAUGCCUUCUCGCCGCUGCAGAUUUGAAGCUUCAGUCUGAUCCAGUCUGAGGUUUACAAUUCAGUCAAUUUACUGAUAACGACACAGUCACGUCACACCCUGCGCUGCUGAAACGCAGCCCGCUGUUCACUGUUGGCCUUAGGGAGAACAGCAGAGGAUGAUGGGUGAUUUUACGUGAUGGGCCGAUUUUAUUUUUAUUUCCAGAUUUGGUUGAGCUCUCAUACCAAAUACAUGCAGACAGUGUCAUUCCUUUCCAUUUUUUUUUUUUGUGUGUGUUUAAUUAUUUUGAAGGUGGAUAUUAUGGGAAUAUUUAAAUGGAACAAUAUAGUAUAUUACCUUUGUGGAUCAUUCAUUUUGAUCUUCACAGUAACACGUGCAAAUAAAUAUAACGUUGCAUUUUUUAAAGAAGGAACGUAGAGUAGAAUAUGUUCAACUAUGCUGUAAACAGGGUACAAAAAUGGCCACAAUUGCUGAUUCAAGUCGGACGGUUCAAGUCCGCAUUUACUUGAAUAGUGGUUUGUACAGUAAUGGUACUUACAUUUUGACGCUCAGUCUUCUGUGUAAUUUUAGCUUCAUCGUAUUGUAGAUGACAAUGUUUUCAAUGCACAACUUAUCCUGCUUUUAAAGCCCUUGAAUCAACAAUUGGGCAUUUACAAUGUUUGUGCAUUAUUCCAUGGUCCAUGAUUUUAUUUCGUCAUUUAAAGGAAACCUCACACGUAUCCCUUUAUUUUUUCCCUAAUGGGUACAAACAAGGAAUCAAACCAUAUAUGAAAGGAAAGGAUUGGGUUUUUUUUCUGCCUGUUUCUGUCUACUUGUUAAGUGUAAAAAGGAAUGACCAUGCACUGUAUAUGAGAGCUCCCGAACAUACUGAUGAAACACUACCUUUAAAGUCUUAUUAAACUGUACCAUGUAGACACGUGCAUCAGCUCCUCAUUUUGACAUUGGUGCUAAAAACAGGCAUGCGGUGCUUGCACUGUCAGAAUGAGGUUUGAGUACAUAUUUACUUUUUCUACCAUCAAGUAUCAGAUUUGUUCUACAAUUGGAAACGUGUUUUCCAGCUACUCACUCGUUUUAAUUUGAUGCCACUUGUUUUAGUCAAUGAGAGGGUGGGUAUAAGUAUUUUCUUGCACUGUUAUCAAAGAUGUUUUACUGUUUGGAACAUUAAAAGCACAGUAGGGCACAUGUGAUACAUUUUUUUGUCAGUCAAAAGGGAUGAGUGCUGUGGCUAACGGCAAUUCCUUGAUAGACCAAAAACACCCUGUCGCUACCUUUGGUCAGUGGCUGUUUGUCUGUAUGCACAAACACGAUAUAUUUGAGCAACCUUUUGAACAGGUUUUUAUAAACCAGAAGGGGUCAGAAAAUAUAUAACAGUCUUUGUAUCAUUUAUCUUAUGUUUGUAACAUAUAUAACAUGAUAUUAAUGCAUAUCUUAUUUUAUAACAUCUCAUUAACUGUACUAAUAUGAAAGAUACCAGCAUUCAUAUUACAGCUACAGUAUAUUACGAUAUACCCCGCAUGUGAUGUACAGUAUGGGUUACAUGAUUUCAGAUUGAUUUUGAAUACUGUAAUUGGUCAAAAGUUAAAUCCAAGACGUGUAUUUUAAAUCUCUGAAGAAUCAAGAGAGCUGCAAGAAUCAGCUCCUGUGCAGGUUUAUUUGACAACCUGAAUGUUGUUGUUAACGUGGUGAUGUUGAAAUGAAACAUUUACAUCUGAGAUUGUAUUGGCACAUCAUGUGAUUACACUAUUGGUUGUGUGCAUGUUCGGGCAGAUGAUCUCAGAUGUAAACUGGUACAUUGUUUCAUUGUUUCAGCUUGUACCAGCUGUUGUUUACAUAUGGCUUUAAAUUUUUGCUCCAUAUGCUUCAUAGAAGACAGUUAUUACAGCUUGGGACACUAAUCCCAAAUGUACUCAAAAAUAAAUCCACUUAAUCUUUAUCUUUAUCACUCUUUAUUAGUACAUAGAUGGUACAUGAGACCCUCUCCAGUAACUGUGCUGGAACAGCUGGAGUUUUAUGGUAAUGCUCCACUAUCACUGAUGAAGUUGUUGGUGUUUUGUUCCCAAAGCGUCUUUGAAUAUUUCUGAGUUUAGGGAUUUAAGUAAAGAAGAUAGUGUCGCUGUUAUAAAAGACAUUUUGAUUCAUGAUGAGAAAACAUAAAUAUUUGUUUCAACUUGAAUUGUAUUUAAAGACUCACUUUAACCAGGUAAACGUGCAAUAUAUACAUUUUUGAAUAUCUCAGUGAUCAAAGCACUGUCUUUGUGUCUGAUAGUCCCUUGAGUGCAUGAUGUGUGUGUGUGUGUGUGUGUGUGUGUGUUUUGUUUUAUGCUCUGUUUUUGUGAUAUCUUUUCCCAACUUUGAGAAUGGCAACACUAAAUACUUGAACUUGACACCAAUAAUGGACAUUUGUCUCUUAGUUGUGUUGCUAACAUGAUAUAACCAUUCAUAUUGAGAAUAAUCUCAUUGUAAAUAAUAAAAUAAAUGGACGAAUAGAGUUUUAUCCCAGAAUCAUUACUACUGAAAUUGCAUUUUAACUGCAGUUAAAAUUACAUUAUGUAUUAUUUGUCAAUUACAUCUUCCUUAUGCUUGUGAAUAGUAACAAUUUGACAUUAAAAUAUAGCAAUGCAA